GUGGCCAAAGACCUUCACGUUGUUAGAUCCCAUGAUCCGCCUUCGGACACAUGGGGCCAUUUUUUCAACUCUCAUUUGCCUUGGCCAAAGCUAGAGUUAAGGUCUCCUUCAUUCAAACACCUAACAACAUCAAAAGACUCCCCAAAAUUCCUUCGAAUUUAGCCACCCUCAUCAAUUUGGUGGAGCUUCCAUUGCCUGCACUGGACAAGGAUGUCCUACCAGAUGGCGCUGAGGCCUCUGUCGAUAUCCCAUUUGAGAAAUAUCAGUACCUGAAAACCGCAUACGAUAUGCGUAAAGAAAUUUUCAAGAAAUUCGUGGCUGAUCAAUCACCAGACUGGAUAUUUGUUGAUGUUAUCCCUUAUUGGGCAGCGGAGGUCGCCCUAGAAUUUCAAGUUCCCCUCUUUUUGAUGUCAGCCCCGGAAUGGGUCACCUUCCCAUCUACUGUUGCCUUCAAGAAACAUGAGGCUGUUGUCAGUUUUUCUGCCAUUUAUGGAGCAAAUGGCACUGAAAAAGAUGCCUAUCGCAUUUCCAAGGCCUUACAUUCAUGCCAAGCUGUUGCUGUACGUAGUUGCAAUGAGCUUGAAGGUGAUUACUUAAGUUCACUUGAAAAGAUGCUCGGAAAAAAGGUGAUUCCAGUAGGUUUGCUUCCACCGGAGAAACCACGAGGAAGAAGGGACAUCACUGACGAGAAAUGGGUUAAGAUUUUUGAGUUGGUUGAUCAGCAAAAGCCCAAGUCAGUUGUAUUUGUGGGAUUUGGCAGUGAGUGUAAACUGAGCAGAGAUCAAACCUAUGAGUUAGCUUAUGAAAUAGAGUUAUCUCAAGUACAAUUUUCAUGGGCACUUAGGAAGCCACUUGGGCUAAAGAUGAUAUCGACUCUGCCACCAGGUUUUGCUCAAAGGACCCAAGGCAGGGGAUUGGUGACUACUGGGUGGGCACCGCAAAUGGAAAUUUUGGGACACUCUUCGACUGGUGGCACGUUGUUUCAGUGUGGUUGGAAUUCUGUGGUGGAGACUCUACAAUUCGGGCACACCCUGGUGGCGCUGCCGUUUGUCUUUGACCAAGCUCUGAAUGCAAGAUUGCUUGUGGAGAAAGGUUUGGCCGUGGAGAUUGACAGAGCUGAAGAUGGAUCGUGUGACAAAAAUGAUAUUGCCGAAUGUUUAAGGCUAGCAAUGGUGUCAGAGGAAAGAGAAGGCCUGAGGGCUCGUGCAAGAGCAGCUGCCAAAGUUUUGGGUGAUCAGGAGAAGUACAUUGCUCAUUUUGUUGAGUACGUGGAAAAUGGAGUAGCUAAUAAUGCUAUUCAUGGUUAACAAGAUUCUUCUGGUUGAAGUUCUGCAAUAAAC